GGAGUGCGCAUGCGCAGCGGCGGGCGUUAUUCCGGCAGCCUUUCCCUGAGGGGACCCGCCAGUUUCAAAUUCAGUGGCGUUUGCCCUGAUUCCCGGGGCCUGGCUUUCAGCGUAGCAAUUCUGCCGGCGAAGAAGGUGAGCGCAGUGCUGUGUGGCAGCAGAGGUCCUUAGGACGAGGAGCAGCGGGACGAGGAAGGGCAGACUGGUGAAAUCGCAAACUGGGCGUCUGUUCCGGCGCCGGACCCCUGCUUGCAAAGUAUCCAGUGAUCACCCUUCAGAUCCAGAAGGCAAUCGAAUACAACAGUGGGUGAAUGAGGAGUCUGUGGGAGGGAUUCUACAACUCUCCUUCCAGUUAAUCUCAGAGCCCAUCCUCGGAUGGUAUGAAAUCACCGUGGAGAUGCUCAAUGAGAAGAAAACAUAUCACUCCUUCUCUGUGGAAGAAUAUGUGUUACCCAAAUUUCAAAUGACUGUGGAUGCACCAGAAAAUAUCUUAGUUGUGGACUCUGAAUUCCAAAUGAAUGUCUGUGCCUUAUAUACCUAUGGUGAACCUGUGGACGGGAAGGUCCAACUUAGUGUGUGCAGAGAAUCUACGGCUUAUCAUUCAUGUGCUCAUCUUAUCAGUUCACUCUGUAAAAAUUUUACCAUUCAGUUGGGGAAAGAUGGCUGUGUCUCCAAGUUCAUUAACACAGAUGCUUUUGAGUUAAAUCGGGAAGGAUACUGGAGUUUCCUCAAAGUGCAUGCUCUUGUUACAGAGAACGGAACAGGUGUGCAGCUUACAGGCUCCAAGUACGUAUACAUAGACUCAUCAGUGGUGAAGAUUAGUUUUGAGAAUAUGGAUAUGUCCUACAAACAGGGACUUCCUUAUUUUGGCCAGAUUAAAUUGCUUAAUCCAGACAACUCUCCAAUCCCAAAUGAAGUUGUCCAGUUGCAUCUGAAGGACAAAAUCGUGGGAAACUACACCACAGAUGUAAAUGGCAUCACUCAGUUUUUCUUGGACACAUAUACGUUUACAUACCCAAAUAUCACUUUGAAAGCAGCCUACAAGGCCAAUGAAAAUUGCCAGGCUCAUGGCUGGGUGUUGCCUCAAUACCCUCAGCCUGAGUACUUUGCAUAUCGAUUUUACUCCAAGACGAAUAGCUUCCUAAAGAUUGUCCAAGAGAUGGAAGAACUGAGAUUCAACCAGCAGAAGAGGGUGCUAGUGCACUACGUUCUCAAUGUGGAAGACUUUGAAGACAAAACCUACACAGCAGACUUCAAUUAUUUGGUGAUUUCAAAAGGUGUAAUCAUUCUUCAUGGGCAACAGAAAAUUGAGAUCAACGAAAAUGGGAGGAAGGGCAUAUUUUCCAUUUCUAUAGACGUUAACCCUGAAUUAGCGCCCUCAGUAGAUAUGCUUGUCUAUAGCUUGCAUCCUGGAGGAGAAAUGGUCACUGAUAGCACCCAAUUCCUAAUUGAGAAAUGCUUCGAAAAUCAGGUCAACUUAAAUUUUUCUAAAGAAAAAAGUUUACCAGGAUCCAAUAUCGAUCUUCAAGUCUCAGCUGCUUCAACCUCUCUUUGUGCUCUUUGGGCUGUAGACCAGAGUGUAUUGCUACUAAGGAAUUAUGGUCAGCUGUCAGCACAAACUGUGUACAGUCAGCUAUAUUCCAGCGAACUACAUGGCUAUUACUUCAGAGGACUUAACUUAGAAGAUGGCCUUAAAGUGCCGUGUCUUGAAGAUGAACAUAUCCUUUACAAUGGAAUUUAUUACACACCUGCAUGGGCUGACUUUGGAAAAGAUGGCUAUGACCUUGUGAAGGCAACAGGAUUAAAGAUUUUUACCAACUCUCACCUCCGGAAACCAGUAUUGUGCAAGGAUUCUAACCAUCUUGACUCUACUGAUUACAUACCCUUAGUCUCAGAACAGAGCAUCUCAUUGGUCGAGCCUGUCAUUUACCUGCCCCCUGGAUUCAAGGUAAUCUGGGAAUGGAGUCUUCUAACUUCUUUACUGGAAGUGAAACGCAAAUGUUGGGAAAUUACCAAAGUAUAUGACAAGUCUACAAAUGGCCUGAGGUAAAGAUGUACACUCUUU